AACGGGAAAUUUCGGUUUGGUUGCCGUGGAGAUCGCGAACAAAAAAGUCUGUUUUAAAUUAGUCGCUUGUAUUAGCAUUUGAAAAUAGCACUCCCGGACGUGGAAUGGAUGCCAGUGUAGUGGAGAACGCUCCUAAUCAAAAGGAGGUAGAUAGCAAAAUGGCUACAACGGAGGAGUCCGAAAAGCCAUCGAACAGCAUUGGACUGCUGCCCAUUAUGAUAUUUCUGGCGGCGACGGUGGCCACGGCCGUGGUGGUUGAGGUGCUGCCCCAUGCCAGCAGAGUCUUCCCCUGGAAGUCAACAGAUUCUUCAGAGGAUCAACUGCAGCCACCGCCCACAUAUGCGAUCUUUGGGCGAAGUCCCACGGAGGAGCACCUGGUGCAUGUGGUCAGUGUGCUGCACAAGUUCGGCUACCAAAGAGUGGGAGUUAACGAGAGCUGGAAUCUCUUGUGGGCCCACGACUAUCCAUUUCUUUCGUUCGCCAAUCUCAAGAAUCUCGGACAGCAUCAGGUGGUGAACCAUUACCCGGGCUGCGGUUACCUAACCAACAAGGUGGACCUGUGCACCACCCAGUUGCCCUUUCUACCGCGCGCCUUUCGAUUGCCAGCGGAACGGGAGGAGUUCCUGGACUACGCCAGGGAGAAUCCCCAGGUACUCUUCGUCCAAAAGCACAACGAGCAUCGGCACAUUAGGGUGCGCGCUCCCGCUGACAUUGCCUUCGGAUCGAACGACUCCUUUGUCCAGGAAUUCGUUCAGCGACCCUAUCUGGUGGAUGGCCACAAGUUCGACAUCGGCGUCUAUGUAGUCAUUACCUCGGUUAAUCCCUUGCGAGUCUACAUCUACACGGGCGACGUUCUGUUCCGGUACUGCCCGGUGAAAUACCAUCCCUUCGAUGCCGAGAAUGUGGACAAGUACAUUGUGGGGGAUGACUACCUGCCCACUUGGGAGGUUCCUUCGCUGCGCAAGUACUACAAUCGCUUUGGCGGCAGCAUGCGCACCGUUUUUGAAGCCUAUGUCCGAGAUCAGGGCAAGGAUCCCGCCCAGAUUUGGCCUCAAGUGGAGCACAUAGUACGCACCACGAUUGCGGCCAAGGAGAAGGACAUCGUUAACAUACUGCGCUCCUACAGGACUCACAACUUCUUCGAUCUGAUGCGAUUUGAUUUGUUUAUUGACGAGGAUCUGAAAGUUUUCCUCAUGGAGGCCAACAUGUCUCCCAAUCUUUCUUCGGCCCAUUUCAAGCCCAACUCGCUGUUGUACGAGCAAGUUCUAUACAGCGUGUUUAAUUUGGUUGGGAUAAGGCCACUUACAUCAACAAGUGGCACAUUGCUCGGCGAAAGCAGCGAGAUGAUCACAGCCGAUAAAAACCUGGCCACCGACUUGAACAAAUGCGCUGCACACGAUUGCGACAAGUCCUGCAACAAGGAGGAGUGCGAUCUUUGCCUGCAAUGCCUCAGUGGCUCGGAGUACAAGAUGCUGCAGCAGGCUCAUCAGGAGCACUUGCAUCGCGUGGACAUGAAGCGCAUUUUCCCUAAGCCCAUUCACGAUCCAACGAGAUUCAAUGUUAUGGCGGAAACUGCAAACAUGUCAAAGAAAAACGCCUGGAUGACCCGCUGGUUCCACAACAAAUGUCAAUUUGAUGCUGUCUGGUGCAAUUAGCUCAAUUUAAUUAUCUUCUUA